AUGGUAGUAUCUGAGACAAGUAAUGAUUCAUCUUUAAAUCAUCAAAAUAACAAUAGUUUAAAUCGACCACCCAUAUUACCACCAAUAAAUAAAAGAUCAUUUUCUACAUCAUCCACUCGUGCAUCAGUUGAUUCAUUGAUAAAUAAUAAUAAUAAUGACAAUGACAAUAAUAAUAUACCCAAUGAUACAACUACAAAUUCACCAAUAAUAGAGCAUCAUCAACAUCAACAUCAACAACAACAACAGCAACCAAAUAUACUACCUCAUCUACAAAAUGACAUGAAUUCUUUAUCACCAUCCAACACUUCAUCUCCUCAAAAUAAUAAUAGUAAUAAGAAACAAAAACUACCAAAAAAAUAUUUUUGUAAAACAUGCAAACAAGGUUUUACAAGAAAACAUAACAUGGUUUCUCACGAAUUAAUUCAUUCAUCAUUAAAACCACAUAUUUGUACUGUAUGUAACCUAAAAUUUAGAAGGAUACAUGAUCUCAAGCGUCAUGAAAAGUUACAUACCGGUGAAAAACCAUAUGUAUGUAAAAAAUGUCAAAGAUGCUUUGCUCGACCAGAUGCAUUAACUCGUCAUCAAAACUCGGCAAAUGCUUGUUUUGGCGAAAUAAAAGAAAAAGAAAAAGAAAAAGAGAAGAAUAAUCAUAAUUCGACUACUCCAAAACAAGAGCCAGAAAUUCAGGUCAAACGACCUGUUUUACAAAUAAAUCAACCAGCAGAUCAAACCAGUAGUGGAUCAAUAAGUGAUAAUAAUACAAAUAAUAAUCAACCAAGCUCAUUUGGCUCAACUUCAAAUUCAACAAUAAAAUCAAAUGAAUCAUCGUCAAAAAAUGUACUACAAAGAUCAACUUCUGAUUUAUCAACAAAUAAUAAUAAUAAUAAUAAUAAUAAUAAUAAUAAUAAUGUACAUAAUAACCAAACUACAGAUCAUCCACUUCCUAUUCAUGUUCAACAAUCUUCAAGCAAUAAUUCUACGUUGCCAUAUCAACCUCCUUUUUCCCACAAUCCAUUGUUACCUUCUCAAUUCCCAAAACAACAACCUACUCCACAAUUGAUACCACCUCCAUUAACAUUACCUUCAAAACAACCACCAUAUUUCCAACAACAUCAACCACCCCUACCACAACCUCAACCUCAAUCUCAACCACAACCACAACCACAACCACAACCGCCAUUAUAUCAAUCUCAAUAUUAUCAACCAAUUUUACCACCUUUACUGUACAAAUUAGAUAAUUUAAGAGAUCAACCACAACAACAACCACAAGUUUUACCAGUACAGGGACAAUUCAUUCCACUCGUACAAUAUCAAGAAUUGGCAAAUUAUGCUUCGUCUUUACAAUAUGAAAUUGGUAAGUUAAAUGAAAGAAUUGCUGUUUUAGAAAAGGAGUUGAAUGAAGAUUUGAAGAAGUAA